AGGAUUUAUUUUAUUCUAUCCUACAUCACAAGCAGACUGCAGUUGGAAAUUUUGCGCUAUUAGUGGAGCUAAAGCGCGAUUUGAAAUUGGUGCAAGCAUCUUUGGUGAAAAGAAGUUCUAGUCAAAAUUUAUUACGUUCUAGAAAAACUCUGUCAAAUAGUUCAACUUUUAGGCCGAUAAUCUCAGUAAUGAGCGAUUGGUCAAAGACGCGUAAGGAACGGAAAAAUAACAAAAUUGAAAAGAUGUCUGACGCUUCCAAGUUCUUAGGAGGAGUACUCGGUGACAUCUCAUCCCGUUCGGCUUAUUCUCAAAUAUUGAUAGGCGCUACGACUGGUUGGGUUACUGGUUUUGCUACCAUGAAGGUUGGCAAAUUUGCUGCUUUCGCUAUUGGUGGCGGUAUAAUACUAUUGGAGGUAGCACAUCAAGAAGGUUAUAUCCAAAUUGAUUGGUCCAAGGUCACUAAAAAGAUUGAUAAUGUUACUGACAAGGUCGAAACUGCUGUUACAGGAAAAGACAAGAGUUGGAUUGACAAGACUGAACGGUUCGUCGAUCGUAAAAUAGAUCAUGCUGAGGACAUGUUGAAGGGUAAAGCAAAGAAGGCACGUAAAUGGUAUAGCAAACUUAUUGGUGACGAGAAUGGCCCAAAAGUCAAUGAUCUACACAUAUUUUUGACUGCGUUUGUUGGCGGCAUUGCCCUGGGUAUUGCAACCGCCUAACUAAAUCCACCUACUACACUAUCAUCAGUAUAAAUACAGUUGGCAUAAAAAACAACAGGCUAUAAGGCGUUGAUGGAAAAUGCACAACUUAAAAACAAAUAUCUUAAAAAUUAACUUAUGAACAUUUUUUAUUUACAAAUUUUUACUUAACUUUGUUUUUUUUCUUAAAAUCUUACUUAAGUUUUUUUUUGCUUAAUUUUAAAACGAAAAUCUCAUUAACACCAAGUAAACCUAAUGCGAAUUAUUAUGUUCCACUCAUAACAAA